AUGGGCGCACGCCAGUCAUCGGAAGCGGCAGAAGACGACAAUGGUUUCAUUGACUAUUAUGAACUCUUGGAAGUUGAGCUAAAUGACUCUGCCGACGUUAUUCGCAAAGCUUAUCGGCGACUCGCCUUGCGGCUGCAUCCAGACAAAAAUCCUGGUCGUGAAGAAGAAGCUAACAAGAAAUUCAUUCGGUUACAGGAAGCGUAUGACGUACUUAUCGAUGACCAUGAGCGUGCAUGGUAUGACAAGAAUCGCGACAGGCUUAUGUAUGGCGUGGAAGAAGAUGAACAGGAAGAAGAUGUAGAUGCAAAAUGUCGGUACUUCAAGUCUGGUGGGGAAGCACCCAAAGCAACGUCUAUGGCACCAGGGAUUGGCGUGCCGCAUUUGCUACGAUUUCAUUCGCCUUCCCUCACGAAAGAUACCAGUGACUCAAAUACAUCUUUUUAUGGUACAUUCCGGCGGCUAUUUGAACGGUUAGCCGACGAAGACAGAAUCGCUGCUCCAUAUCCAGGUGAGGACCGCACAAGCGACAUGGCUGAUCCAUGGCGUGAUGACGCAGCUAUGUAUCCAUCUUUUGGACACCCAGAUACCCCCUAUGUGCCGACUUUGCCCUCGAAUGAAUUAUCAUGCGUGCGGGCCUUUUAUCAAUUCUGGAGUCAAUUUUCUAGCCGCAAAAGUUUUGCGUGGAAAGACUUACAUGAUACUCGACAGGCGAAAGACAGACGUUUGAAACGUAUCUUGGAAAAAGAGAACAAACGUGCACGGGAUUCUGCUCGGCGCGAAUACAACGAAGCCAUUCACGGUCUCGUGACGUUCAUCCGUCGUCGUGAUCCCCGUGUUAAGGCCUAUCAUGCUCAGCAACAAUCCAAGACAGCAUCAAAACCGAACGAGGAGUGGCUACGUGCCGAAGCUCUUCGGAUUCAGAAUGAGAAGCGUGCUCAGGCAGCGUCUUUUCAAGCUCAAAGCUGGCAAAUCACAUCUGAGCCAGAAGAUGACGACUUCGUCGAUGACUUUGGCAGUGGCUCCUCGAUGGAUGAUGAGGUCUCAGAUGAGCCCUUUUGGGACUGUGUCGCAUGUCACAAACGAUUUUUGUCAGAAGCAGCAUGGUCCAAUCAUGAACGAAGCAAGAAACACAAAAAGGAAGUAGAGCGAUUAAAGCGUGAGAUGCUGGAAGAGGACCUUGAACUAGCGGAAGAAAUCGAUGAGAUGGAGCCGUCUAUGACUGAACUCAACAUCCAUGAUACUGUCGAAGAGAAUGUCUCUGCAUCACGAAAAAAAGACAAGAAGAAAAAGAAACAACAAAUGAAAAUGCAGGCAGCUGUCGAGGAGCCAGACCCACCAACACCCCCCGAUUUUGCGUUCAGCAAAGAAAAAGAGCGUAUGGAAAAUUUAGGCAAGAUGCUGCCACAUCUCGCUCAACUUCCUGUAUACCAGGAGCGGCCUGAAGGCUCGUUUGACAUUUUUGGCUACGGUUCCAUCCUCUUCAAGCCGCCUCCGCAUGUGAUUUCGUAUACUCCGGGUUAUAUUCAAGGAUAUGUACGCCGUUUUGCUCAGCACUCGGAGGAUCAUCGCGGCACUCCUGAACGGCCAGGACGUGUCGUGACACUUGUGUCAGCCGAGCACUGGCAUAGCCUCCCUAAUGCAGAUGAGGCGCCGGAAGGUGAUAUCGUGUGGGGUAUCAGCUACACUAUUGAUCCUGUGCAUGCAGACGAAGUGCGCGCCUACCUCGAUCACCGCGAGAAAAAUGGCUACACGGCUAUGUGGGAGCCUAUUUAUGGCUUUCAUGAGGACGAUCCUCAAACUCCGCGUGUCCUGGUACCUGAGGCCCUCGUUUAUGUUGGUCUGCCAGAAAAUCCAGCUUUUGUUGGACCACAACCUUUAGAUGAAUUGGCUGAACGUAUCUUUUUGUCUCAAGGACCAAGUGGACGAAAUGACGAAUAUCUGUUUCGAUUAGCAGACGCUGUUCGUGCUCUGACUCCUGAAAGUGCCGAUCACCACUUGUUCACAUUAGAGCAAAAAGUGCGUACAUUGGCAGAGAACACGAAAGGCACAGAAUCCUCCAAGUCACGACGCAAGACGAGAAACAAGGUGCCUCCAGGAACAGAAAUAUGCAACGUAUGCAAGUCCACUUUCCCAUCGCGUUCGAAACUAUUCGCUCAUGUCCGGGAAAAAGAUCAUGCUAUGGCGGGACCUGUGAUGAAAUCACGUAAAAACAAGUAG